GCGGUCGCGCCAUGCGCCAACGCAUACGGUCUGAGUGAAGUUACAGUGCCGCCAUGAGUGUGACACGCGCGAGUAUCGCCCUCCUGCUCCUCGCGAGCCUCUCGCCCCUCCUCGGACAGGACGACUCCUUCGCCAGCUCUUUCCUCUCCGGUCUCCUGGAUACCCUGGACACGCAGGUGGACGCCAAGAACUGCCCGGGGGUGUGCAUGCACGCGCUGGCCUCGCUCAUCUGCUCCAACGUGCUCGACGAGGUCGAGUGCCCCAACCCUAGCAUGAAGUGCUGUGUCGACGAACCCCUCGGUAACGACACAUUGGUGACAACGAGGCGGCCGUUCACCACGCGCUAUACGACUACGGAGGCGGACGAUGAGGAGGAAGCAACGACGCGUACGCCACACCACGACAAAUAUAAAGACAGUGGCAACAUCGCAUGUCCGGGGGUAUGCGUGGAGGCACGUCUCACGCAAUACUGCGAGGCAUACCUGACCUCGCACGACCUCUGUGUCCCGGGUCGGCUGUGCUGCGUCUCUAAAGAUGGCUACGGAGACAAGCCCCCUCCAGACCUCGUCGUGCCUAAUGAGAAGAAGCAUUCCACUAAGCGGCCUACUACUGCGCUCACGACGACCCCUCCAUCCAAGCAGAAGCCAGGUCGGAAAUGCCGAGGAGACUGCAUCAGCGGUCUAUUCGCUCUGCUGUGCGACCACGUGGAUGAGGAUGCUUCCUGUCCUGGAGAUGCCACUUGCUGCCUCACCGAGCCCAAGAAUGUGGAGACCACUACUAGAAGACCCAGCACCACGCCCCGGCCUACUACUCCAGCGCCGCUGCCGCGCUGCCCGGGCUACUGCCUGCUGAACAUUAUGGCAGCCUUCUGCGAGCGGCCGGCCGUCCUGCUUGCGCACACGCACUGCAAGCUCAGUGGCUCCAUCUGUUGUGAUAACACCAGAGUGCCCCCGCGCACGAGCACGCGGCCCACGACGACCACGACGACCACGUUACCACCGCCGCCGGCGGACCCGCGCCCAGACUGUCCCGGUUCUUGCAUCGUCUCGCUGCUCUCCUUCACUUGCUUCCGCAACGCGGAGAUGACAGAUGUGUUCAAGUGCAAGAAGGCGGGUACGCAGUGCUGCGCGCCGAAGUCCAAGGUUCACGAGGUGCUGGGCAUCAAGGAGAAGAAUGACUCCUACCCGCUGGCCACUAGCGCCGCCACUCAGUACACCCACUACACCACCGUCGCCACCCACACCACGCCUAUGCCCCCUUACGAGCCUAACUACGGGUCCACGCUGAGGGUUCCAGAGAAGUAUAACAAAUACGUGUGUGGAGUCAAAGGCACAUCCUCGCGUGCGGCCAGGCGUGCUGGGCGCGUGAUGGGCGGCGAGGAUGGCGAGCGAGGCGAGUGGUGUUGGCAGGUGGCCCUCAUCAACUCCUUAAACCAGUACCUGUGCGGAGCCGCGCUGAUCGGUACACAGUGGGUGCUCACCGCUGCUCAUUGCGUCACCAACAUUGUGCGAUCAGGAGACGCGAUCUACGUGCGGGUGGGCGACCACGAUCUGACCAGGAAGUAUGGCUCUCCGGGCGCCCAGACUCUGAGGGUGGCCACAACGUACAUACACCACAACCACAACAGCCAGACCCUCGACAACGACAUCGCGCUGCUUAAGUUACAUGGCAAGGCGGAGCUCAAAGAAGGCGUGUGCCUGGUCUGCUUGCCCGCGCGGGGAGUGAGCCACGCGGCUGGAAAGCGAUGCACUGUCACUGGAUACGGAUAUAUGGGAGAAACGGGCCCAAUCCCUCUGCGCGUGCGCGAGGCGGAGUUGCCGAUCGUGUCGGACGCAGAGUGCAUCCGCAAGGUGAAUGCUGUCACAGAGAAGAUUUUCAUCCUGCCAGCCAGCUCCUUCUGUGCCGGCGGCGAGGAAGGCAAUGACGCCUGCCAGGGCGAUGGAGGUGGACCGCUGGUGUGCCAAGACGACGGGUUCUACGAGUUGGUGGGGCUGGUGUCGUGGGGCUUCGGCUGCGGCCGCCGCGACGUCCCCGGCGUCUACGUCAAGGUGUCUUCCUUCAUCGGUUGGAUCAACCAGAUCAUCUCUGUCAACAACCUAUAGCGGCGAGACCGUGUUACUUUAGCUUAGGGGUACAGUCGGUAGAGUUGGAAUUGCAAAAGUUAUUGCUAUUUUAUGAGUCAAUGACGUAGUGAACGAAGGUAACCAUAGCGAGUCUUCUGACGUCGAGUCUGUUGACUUCGAUUCUGUUGACGUCGAGUCUUCUGACGUCGAGUCUGUUGACGGCGAGUUUUCUAACGUCAAGUCUGUUGACGGCGCG